CUCGCAGCAUCUCGGAGGAGCUGAGCAGCGGGGACGCGCGGCACCGUGACUCGGACGACGUGGCGGUGAAGGAGCCCAAGAGCAAGGAGAAGGAGCGCGAGGAGCGGGACGAGGAGGUGGUCAAGGUGUACGACGGCAACAGCGCGGUGCGCAAGCGGACCUUCAAGGUGAUCGCCGUGCGGAAGGACGCGACCCUCCAACAGCUGCUGCAGGCGGCGCUGCGGGCCUACCACGUCACGAGGGACAUCUCGCAAUUUUACCUGACGGAUCUCUAUGGAGCGGAGGACGUGCCGCUGGCGGAUCCGACCCCCGUGCAGAACUUGGUCAGGAAGGAGGGGAAGAGGCCGGCCAUCUUCCUUAGGUUUAUUGACAACGACAAGGGGGACGUGCGGGUGUUCCCCGGGCGCGUCGAGGUGCAGACCAACUACUGUUCCGUGCCCGUGGACACUGAGACCAACAUGAUGGACCUGUGCAGGCAGGCGUUGGAGCGCUUCGCCCUCGAUAAGGCCAACACAGACGACUACAGAGUCAGCCAGAUCGUCAUGGAGAGAGGAACGCUAACGGACCGGCCGAUGGAAGGGCACGACAAACCGUGGGAUAUGGUCAAGGAGAUCAGCAAAGAGUCGAUCCGUCAGAUGGAGCUGAUGCGCUUCUACCUGCAGGAGAAACAGGACCCCCACGGGCCCAACAUAGCACUAUUUGUGGGCAAUCUGCCUAGCAACCUCUCGCAGCGCAACUACGAGAAUCUCUUGACAGAGCGGCUAGGCGCAGAAAACAAGUUCUCCAGCAUCGGCCCCAUCUACUACGAGUACGGUUCCAUGGUGAUCACGUACGAGGACGCGUUAAAGGCUGUGAGAGCGCUGUAUAUUUUACGGGACUGUUUUUUAGACGAGAAGCAUUUGCUGGUUAUGUUACUGCCGAAUGUUGAACCAACCAUGGUGCCGAACGGUGUUCAACCGCUCUUAGUGUUCGUCAAUGUAAAGUCUGGAGGCUGCCAGGGCCUGGAGCUCAUCUCCAGCUUCCGAAAGCUGCUCAACCCCUACCAAGUGUUCGAUCUGGACAACGGCGGGCCGCUGCCAGGGCUUUAUGUGUUCCGGCACAUUCGCAAUUACAAGAUUUUAGUAUGCGGGGGUGACGGGACCAUCGGGUGGGUGCUGCAGUGCCUCGACAACGUCGGGCAGGACUCGGAGUGCUCCUCACCGGCCUGCGCCAUCGUGCCGCUCGGGACGGGCAACGACCUGGCCCGGGUGCUGCGGUGGGGGUCGGGCUACACGGGCGGCGAGGACCCGCUCAACCUGCUCCGGGACGUCAUCGACGCGGAGGAGAUCCGGCUCGACCGCUGGACGGUCGUGUUCCACCCGGAGGACAAGGGGGACGAGAAGAGCAACGCCAACUCGACGGGGCCGGCGGUCAAGUGCCGGGUGCCGAGCGUCCAGCCGACGGGCGGCUCCACCAGCGAGGACAACACGCAGAUCUUCGUCAUGAACAACUACUUCGGCAUCGGCAUCGACGCGGACCUCUGCCUCGACUUCCACAACGCGCGCGAGGAGAACCCCAACAAGUUCAACAGCCGGCUUCACAACAAGGGCGUGUACGUGAAGAUGUCGCUGCGGAAGCUGGUGGGCCGGAAGGUGUGCAAGGACCUGCACCGGGAGGUGCGCCUCGAGGUGGACGGCAAGCACGUGGAGCUGCCGCAGGUGGAGGGCAUCAUCAUCCUCAACAUCCUGAGCUGGGGCUCUGGCGCCAAUCCGUGGGGCGGGCCGGAAAAGGAAGACCACUUCUCCAAGCCCAACCACUGGGACGGCAUGCUCGAGGUGGUGGGAGUGACGGGCGUGGUGCACCUGGGGCAGAUACAGUCCGGGCUGAGGUCCGCCAUGAGGAUAGCGCAGGGUGGCCACAUCAAGAUUCACCUCAACUCCGACAUCCCAGUGCAGGUGGACGGCGAGCCCUGGGUGCAGAGUCCCGGUGAUAUCGUCGUGCUCAAGUCCGCUCUCAAGGCGACCAUGCUGAAGAAGAGAGCCAAGACCAAGCGGCGGAAAAUGAUGUACUGGUGGUGACCAAAGUGCGUGUCCAUUUCUGUGCAGGCGACCAUGCUGAAGAAGAUGAAGGGCAAGAUGAAACGACGCAACACAGAUCCCUUCACCCUUCCGUCGCCCGUCAGCACGGUGGCGCUUCAACCCACCGAGGAGAACUCGUCCGAAAACAACGAGUUUUAAAGCCUCACGAGUAAUAACGUUAAAAAAGAUGAAUAAUACUA